GGCAGCGGCGGCGGCGGCUUCGGCUUUAGGGUCGGCGUCGAGUUGCAGCGAGCGCGGAUCAUGGGCAGCGGCGCUCUCCCCCGGGCGCUCCCUCUCGCCGGCCUCCUGGCGGGGCUCUGGCUGCUCGCCUGCCCAGGAUGCCAGGCCAAGGUCCAGGUUUCUAUGGUGGCCGAGAUGGAGGUGGUUAUGGGCCAGCAGGUGCCCAUUUUCUGCUCUUACACAGGGAUGGGAGAGCAGGAUUACCUCCUGGUAGAAUGGUUUACUCUGGACAAGAACGGGGAGCAGCGGCGUGUGGCGUACAACGAGAAGGGCAAGGUCGGCAUGGACAGAGGAACGGAGUAUACGGACCGCGUCUUCAUGGAUGCCAACAACAGCCUGGUCAUCACUGCCAUCGACGUGAACGAUGAAAAAUUCUUCUCUUGCCAAGUCACCAGCGGUUCCGGAAGUGACACUGGAAGGACUCAACUCAAGGUCUUCGAUCCACCCGAACCACCAGAGCUGACACGUAACUCCGGGACCCUUUCUGUGACCGCUGACGUUGCUUUGGAGAUUGCAAUGUGCACAGGCAAAAAUGGUUACCCUGCACCAGCCAUCAGCUGGUACAAAGAUGGGCACCUUCUGAAUAUUACCACCGAACACAACAAAGAACUCUACGAGGUGGUGAGGACAGUGAAAGAAGCCUCGGGACUAUAUUCCAGGUCCAGCACGCUUUACAUGCGCCCCAAGAAGGAAGAUAAAAACUCCACUUUCCAAUGCAAAGUCAGCUACAAGAUGCCGAACGGGAAAGUCGGCACCGAGGAAUCACAGCCUUUCAAUCUCACCUUGCACUAUUAUACCGAGAACGUGCAGUUUGCUUUGGACUCUCCAAAAGUCAUCAAAGAGGGGGACGAUGUGCAGCUGCGAUGUCAGGGCGACGGUUUCCCCCCACCCGAAUAUUCCUUCAGCAAAGUGCAGACUUCCAAUAACCUGUUGGACCUGCCCACCACCACCGAUGGUGUCCUUCUUCUUCCUCAAGUGACCAAGGCUGAUAGUGGGACCUACCGCUGUCAGGUAUUGGACUUCUAUAGUCCCUCCGAGGUGGAACUAGAGAAGGACGUGAGCAUCUUCAUCAAUUAUCUGGACCCUCUGGUCCUAAAUCCAAGCAAGAUGGUGAAAGUAAACCGAAGUGAAGACCUUCAGUUGACGUGUUCUGGCAGUGGCUCCAUGACGCCCACCUUGUCAUGGAAGAAGGGAAGACAGCAGAUGGCGAGCGGCGGGACUCUGUCGCUGGAAGGGCUGACAUUCCCCAUGGCCGGCACCUACGUCUGUGAGGCUUCUGUGCCCAGCAUCUCCGGACUGAAACGGAACGAGUCAAUCCAAGUUAUUGUAGAAGGAAAGCCAGAGGUAGAGGUGCACCAAACCAUCAUGCAAGAUCUGGACCAGACAGUGAAGGUCACCUGUACGGUUUUAGGCCAUCCCCCGCCAGAGAUCAGAUGGAACAUUCCUGGUGGAAAGGCUGCAGUGAAACACUCUGCAAAUAAGUAUGUUGCUGAAUUGUUAGUGGAACUGGACCCCACGCUAAUCCAAAGCGGUGUUCAGUGCACGGCAGAGAACAAGUACGGCGUGGCCAAAAAGAACCUGCAGCUGAAAUUGGUUUCUCCAACGCCAUCUGUCUCUCCGAAGCCAGCUGCGGAGGAGGAACAGGGUCAGACCGGAAGCACGGUGGCGGUGAUUGCGGUGUGCGUCUGCGUCCUUCUCUUGCUCCUGAUCGUGGGCUUCUUCUACUUCAUGCAACGCCGAGGCCAGUUGCCCUGCAGCCGGGGAGAGAAAAGAUCGCUGACCCCCAAGGAAGGGACCCCAGAGAACACCGUGGUGGAGAUGAAGGCUGACAGGCGGAACGAGCAGACGGGCUUGCUGAGUCCCGGAGGAGGCGGUGGAGGAGGAGGAGGAGGAGGGGGGACGAACGAGUGCUGAGCAGAAGGAAGGCUGGUCUUCUUCCAGGGGAGGCCCCUUCCCAUUCUGUACCGCCCACCAUGGAUGGAGAAGAUGCUGGAGAUCCUGCCAGGGCAUGACAGCCCCCUCCCUCCUUUUCUCCUUCCCUCCCUCCUUCCCUCCCCCUGGGGGGCAGGGAGCUUUCUUUGCACCUAGACUUUUGUGGCUGGAGGGGAAGAGCUGAGCUAUUCUGCCACUACUUCUUCCUCCUUUAAAA